CAUCCAAAGCACCCAGACCACCGAGGCGCGUGCCGCUCGUCCCGCUCCGGAACGCCAACUGACUCCAGACCCCAGACCCGCAUCAUGGACUCCGUCUACUCCGACAUCGACAGCAACAGCUGCGACUUCUUCCCGCACACGGACGACGAGGACUCCCGCGGGAGCCCGCGCUGCGCGUCCCCGGAGCCCGAGUCGCAGCAGAAGAAGCGGCGUCGCGGCCGCGGCCAAGCCGUCGUGCACGUGGUGAAGAAGAACCGGCGCGUGAAAGCCAACGACCGGGAGCGGAACCGCAUGCACAACCUGAACGACGCGCUGGACACGCUGCGGGAGGUCCUGCCCGCGUUCCCCGACGAAACCAAGCUCACCAAGAUAGAGACGCUGCGCUUUGCGCACAACUACAUCUGGGCCCUGUCCGAGACUAUCCGCAUCGCGGACCUGCAGCCCGGCAGGCCCGGGGACCGGCCCGGGGACAGAAUCGGGGAAAGAACCGGGGAAAGAACCGGGGACAGGCCCGGGGACAAGCCGCUGCUGCUGGGCUCCGCGAGCCCCGGCAGCGACGCCUGCUCCUGGAGCUCCAGCGGCUCCUCGUCCUCGUCCUCCCCGUCCUACUGCGCCUCCAGCCCGGGCAGCCCGGCCGGCACCGAGGACUACGGCUACCGGCCGCAGGACGCGCUGUUCGGCUUCCGUAGCUUCGUACCGGGCGUCUAUUGACGGAGGAGAGAGGACAGAGGAGAGGAGAGGAGGAGGA